AUGGGCACAAUGACGGAGCAAACGUUCUUGCUACCCAGCGAUCGUAGGCGAAUAAUCAAAGACGAGAGUGAGGAUGCGGGGAUUGAAAUGUCAUGGAAAGAUCCAUGGUUGUUUUCGACUGUUUUGACGCUCUGGGUGUUGGUUCCAACUUUGGUCCUGGGCAUAAUCUUGCUUGUUGACUUGACAGACCGUCUCUAUCCUGCAACUCCGCUGGCUUUGCACCUAACCAUAGCACUGAUUGGGGCCUGUAUAGCCACCAAACCAAGCCGUCGGCCAAUCCUUGUCAUGGCCUUGUUUUCAAUCACAGACAUUGUCUUGUGUGGUUUCAUCUAUUCGGGAAUCACCAACACGCUCAAGAGAGGUUUAAUUGAUCUGGAUGGGACUGUUGUGAACAGCUGGAAAUCGCUGUAUGCGCAGCUUCUUUUGGCCCAAACUGGCAUGUCACUUGUCACCUUUUCUCGAUUUGUCUUGGGAAUGGCUACACUGAUACAAGGAGCCGCUGAACAUUCCGACAUGGAACGCAUUCAUAGAAUGCUACAAAAGGCAAGGAUAAUAAGCCUUCUGGAACGCAUCCGAUCAUGGACCAGCGCAAAUGUUCACAAGCGAAGGCCAAAUUUGACAGCCUUUCUGCAUAAGUUGUUUCUUGUCAUGCUUUUCAUUUCGGUCGUUCCAUUAUCGGUUUGCAUCUAUUCCUGCUACAGGCACUUUUUUCAGCCGCCUGCACAAGAAUUCUAUUCCUUUGCGUGUUGCGAUGAUUUGGAUACCACCGAUUGUGCACUUCCCUUUCCAUCCUUUCAUCACAUGCGAAAAGACGACACUUCACGCACUGGUUGGCGGGUGACCCUGGACAGCAACCUGCUGCCUCCCAUGAGAAGUGACAACGAACGCAUUGAUCUAUCCUUUCUGGAUGGACUAGAUGGUUUUUCACCAAUGGGAGGGCCGAUUCUAUUCUACUUGGAUGGAUUGAAGGAAGCUGUCGAGGCACAAGAGAACAGCUUGAGCCCGAAUGUGUAUCCAGCCUUGCCCUACGACUUUGAAGAUUCCACAACAGAUCGUUCGAUUACUCUAUUGUGGAAUGUAAAGGACCGAACAUUGAUUCCUCAUAUGGCAAGGAUGGAUUAUCUGGACCCUCAAGGACCGAUUGUUCUACUGAGUCCAUCUCAACCACUUUAUCGCGAAACCCACUAUGCGGUGGCCGUCAUUAAUGCCACCGAUGCAAAUGGCGACCUGCUUUCCCCGACUCUUGGAAUGCAGCGACUAUUUAUGGACAAUGUAUCCCUAUCUUGCUCGCGAGAUUCUGAUAGAUUGAAACGCUAUCAAGAGGUGCUGAUUCCUUCCUUGGCACGGGCUGCCAACUGGACAUCUCUCGUUGUAGCAGGAGGACCACAAUCCUUUGAUUCGCUGCAGCUCAUGUUUGACUUUGUCACCAUGAGCGACGAAUCUCUCGACCCAAUAAGAACCAUCCGUGACGCCACAUUGAAGCAACUCGAUGAGACGGAGCAUCAGGUGCAUAUCACCAAGAUUCAGAACCAAAACUGUUAUUGGCCAUGGACGCUAGUCGCCAGAACUAUUCAUGGUUCAUUGAGAGUUCCUUGGUGGCUAGAGAGCGAUCGAAGGGAUGCAACCCUUUCUUGGAAAUCACUGGAACAGAGACAAAGCAAUGGUUGGGGAGAUGCCAAGUUCACGAUAUUCGUCCCAUGUUCUCUGUACGCGGCUGCGGUCAAUCACACGACUCGAGAACAGAAUUCACUGAAUGCGAUACUGGACUAUGGACAUGGCCUAUUUUAUAAUCGAAAUGAAGCCAAUGAAUAUUCCUUGCUCAAGAUUGCGGAAGAUCAAGGCUAUCUCGUCACUGCAAUGGAUUGGAGAGGCAUGUCUUCGUUCGAUAUGCCAGUCUUGUUGAAGUUGUUGACGGCUGACCCAAGUUUGAUGCAGGCUACCAGGGACAACAUUAUGCAAGGAUUUGCCUGCCGCAUCGCACUGCAUCACUAUACAAAGAAUGGCCUCUUGGAGGAGUCAUUCCUUCAGUUCCAAAACAAGGGGGAGGCAUAUCGCAUUCCAACAAAUGAUACCAGAUCGCCUCCGUCUGUUUUCUAUGGCAAUUCGCAAGGUGGCAUCUUGGGUGCUGCUUACACCGCCCUGCUUGGUCCAAGUAGAUUGAUACAAAGAGCAAUUCUCGGUACCCCUGGUAUUUCCUUUCCCCUGGUUCUCUACAAUUCAAGAAGCUUUCGCAAAUACGACAAACUUAUGCUGCUGAAUUUUUUCAACAACCGCCAAGUUCGCAUCAUGCUGUCAGUUUUGGAAUUGGCAUGGGACGCAGUUUCUCCGUCCAACGUACUGGCGCCCCCAAUAGUUGAAGAAUGGCCACCAAUACUGCUACAGUCAGGACUUGGAGAUCCUGUCAUUCCUACCAUUGCUACAGAAGCCUUGGUACGAGCGUUGAAUGCAUCAACGGUACCUCAUAACCCACGAAGCGAUGUCUUUGGUGUAAAGCGAGUGCCUGCCGAAAGGUUCUUGAACGACAGCGUCGCUGUUUGGACAGAGGUACUCUUCAAAGACGAGUAUCGAUCUGCAUCCCGCAACAACAAGGUCGCAUCCCCUGACAAGGCGAAUCUGAUUCACCAGUGUCUGCGUCAGGAUUGUGCGCUUAUUGCUCAGAUGACGGAAUUCAUUAAAAGCGAUACCAUUGUUGACCCAUGCGAAGGUGAUGAUUGCUUGCGUUCGGAGAUUUCCUGUUACAUACCGGGCCUGAUUCGGUCGCUUACAAAGUUUGGUGACUGGCAAUGCGACUAUACCAUUUGA